UAAUAUUAUUUCCUCAUGUCGGUUUUGUCUCUCCCUCUCUCAGGCCGUGUGACCCCGGAGCAGCUGUGUUCCUACGUACAGCUGUUUAAGAGCAACUGGGGGGCUCUAGAGAGUCACUGUGGGGUAAUACAACUGGGCCUGGCCACCGCCCAGACCCUCCGUCACCCCACACUGCCCCGCUGGGACUCCUGCCUUGCUUUUGAGAGGCUCCUCCUGCAGGCUCUGGGAGACUCUGACUUUGCUGGUGUUCUGCGGCAGCUUCUGCCCCUGAUGAAACCUCGCGCUGCUAAGGGUGAGGAGGGGUCCAGCUCAGAGUACAGUUCAGGGUCCCGGUCGGGGGAGGAGGAGUGUGGUCCUGAUGAGCUGCUGGUGCUGCUUGUCUACCUGUACUCACUGGCUGGAGAGGCCCAGAUUGCAGAUGAUGAAGAGGAGGAGGAAAAGGUGGAGAGGGAGCUGAUUGGAGCACUUACCCUGGUCAUCACCAGAGAGGCGGAGCUCAGCCCCCUGCUGCAGAAACUCACCGGGUGUAGAAGUAUUGAAGAGCUCACCAUUGAGAGGGCCCAUACGGCUGUGGAGGGGGUGUUUGACACCCUCAGAGAGUUGAGCCACACCCGAGACCACCUCAAACAGCUCAACUCCGUCUACACAGCCAGCGAUGGAGUACACCAGGCGAUGUACCGUCCGUUCCUCAGACAGGUUCUGGAGGAGAUCUUCCACCCAGACAGACCUGAGUCUCCCGACAUAGAACACAUGUCUGGAGGCCUCACCGACAUGCUCAAGACUGGCUUCAGUAUGUUCAUGAAGGUGAGCCGUCCACACCCCAGCGACCACGCCCUGCUCUUUCUCUUCCUGGUGGGKGGAGUCACUCCCUCUGAGCUCCGCCUGAUCCGCGAGGUAGUCUCCGCCCACAAGCCGGGCACACAGGUGCUGGUCCUCUCCACCAGACUGCUGAGACCUACAGAUGUCCCUGAGCUGCUCUUCACCACCCAAAGACUGGUGCCAGACAUCGGUGUGUGAGCACAGAACAAGGACCACACACUCUCCACCGACACGUACCGCUUUCUGGAGAGGAGUAAUUAGAUGCUCCAUUGAGGUUUUGUGGUUUGGUAAUGGAUUGGAGUCAUUGGUGUGUGAGCAGAGCAGACCAYAUGAUAGAAAGAGGAUCUAUUUAUGCUUUUUCAAAGGCAUUCCUAAAUGUUUACUUCAGUUUAGUAAGAGCUGUGUUCCAUUCCUUGUACUCCCUAAAUCACAUUAAGGUAAUUAAGUGUUCAUGGAUUUAUUCCAAACUUUACUGAAUGUAAACUUGAUUCAAUCUGGGGUAAAGAGGAUUCUGUCUUGUAGUUCAACUUAAAACAAUGACAUUCAAAUCAAGUUGCUUUAAUAUAUUUGUUUGAAUUAAAUCUGAAUACAUUGA